AUGGAUGCGAUCCUAGCAAAAGUCACCUCGCAGGCCGUGAGCUAUGCUAUUCGAAGUGGCAUAGCCAUCACUGGUUCAUAUGCGCUGAAGCAAUGUGGUCGUUUGAUGAAGACUGUCGAUGGAAAAGAGAAGAAUGAGCUCGCUAAACUGCAAAUACGGCUGGAUUCCAAGAUCAAAAUCAUAUCUCCUGCCAUUGACAUGAUUGAACUCAUCGCGGCCCGUGGAAACACCUCACUGGAGUCUGCCGUCGGCCUCACCAAAUCGCUCAGGUUGGAGAUUCAGACACUAGGAACACGCGUCGAGAAGGCUGUUGCGGAAGAGCAACUUACUCGUAGAGGUAGUUCCAAGGCGAAGUCGCGCGAGGAAAAUGUCAUGGAGCUCAAGAUCAUCAUUUCUGACAUGAAGAGCCUGUUGGAGAAGAUCGAGGACGCCGUACCUCUGAUCAACCUCGCUAUAACAACAUCUGGAGUGAGCCUGUCGACCACACUUCCUGCGACGAUAUCACCCUCAAGGCUUCUACAAGCCAGCAGCUAUCUUGCCACGGGUGACUUGCAAUACGGCGCCGCCAACGCUCUAGCUAAACAAAUUGGCCCGGCAUUUACCGUGUCCCUGUAUAUGCUCUUCUCAGGCCACGCAAAUCGGCCAAAAGGAGAGGGUUUUAGGGACACCACCUGGAAAGAGGUCAUGCACAAAGCUCGUGUGACGCUGAGACGAGUCCCAGUAGACCGUGUUUAUGACUAUCCAACGCCUUUCGGAUCACAAUCACAGUCCACCGAUGAGUCGUACCAUCGCCAUAUACCAUCGGAUGGCAAAUCGCAAGAAUUUGCCUACCAGCUGUUAAUUGUCGAAGAUCUGGAUGACGGUCGCGUGCACAGCUUUGAAGAGAAUGAGCCACAGCCAGAGCCUUACGAUGGCGUCGAACAAGCUGGUGUUCGUGAGGUCUUUCCUAUUCAUGAAGUUUCUAAAAUAUUUUAUGCAGACACGGGCAAGAUACUCAACAUAGGCACAGAAGGCGCGACCAACAAUCCAGUCUUGUUACUCAAACGCGAUGUCAAUGCUACGCCACCACGUCGCAUGAUGGGCCAGGAUGCUGUCGAGACCAACUAUGAUUCGGAUGAUUCUCAUACUGUCGGCGAAGAGGAAUCCGACCUUGAGCAGAGCGAACUAGAUGAACAGCUGCGCCGUGAAUCGACUCCAAAUGUCCAUGAGACGGCUGCUCCAACAUCACCACAACCACCAGAGCCCGAGACACAGACCUUCUUAUGGCGCCUGCCACCGACGCUCGAUCUAGAGUGGAUGGCAUUCGAAGUGUACACUGAAGAAGCCUCUACCGACUCCGACAUUGAUGAAGCAGAAGACCUUGAAUCAGAAAUCGCCUCGUCCUCCCCGCCGCAGUCCUCCUCCCAGCACAGCGAUUUCGAAUCCCCAGGUCUAAGCCAUCGUUUUGCCGACCUCAACCUCAGCCCCUCGACAUCCUCGCCCGUCUUCUCAUCUCAAACCACCGACCUGAUCCCCUCGCCGCAAAAAUCUGCACCAACUCCGCUCUACACCCCCAGCGUCCCUGCCGCCCUUCCCGGCUCCAAGCCAUCCCUCUCCCUCUUGGAAAUGCUCAUCCGCCUCACCUCGCUCCAACAAUUUCAACAAUCAUCCCACCUCGCCAUCUCCGACGAAUUCCUCAACUUCUUCCUCUCAGACAGCAGUACCGUCGGUGCCGGCGGCGACGCCGAACUCCGCCGCAAAGUCAGGCGCGAGGCUAGGAUGCGCGUGGGCUUCGAUCCGUACGACGAGAGUCCCAUCAAGCGGCGCGGAGAAGACUACCUCGAACACGAACUCCACGAUGGCCGCGCGGCGACGAACGAGGCACACGAAACUGCUACCCCAGACGGGACUGCGCAUCCCAUCAACGAAUACGACUACGAAGGUUAUCCCACCAGCAGAACCGCCUCGCCUUCCUCCUUCUCAUUAUACUCCAGAUCAACAACCCCCAGACCCGCAACACCCACCCUCCCAACUUCAACUCCACUCUCUCCCCACCCCGCAUCAAACUCCUCACCUCACACCUCAGGUCCCACCGUCUCCUCAUCUCCCAGCCCCUUACUCCGCCACGCUACAAUGCAACCUACACUCAAACAACCGCUUUUCCCCCGCCCGCUGCAGCCACAGCGUCCGUUGGGUUCGGGGGCGCGACGCGGGGCCCCGCUGGCGGCGCAGGAGUUUAAGCGCAGUGGGGGGCCGGACACGCCGCCUAGUAGUGUGCUGAGGAGGGGAUGA